UUUGUGGAGUGGACUUCAAAAGGGAUUCAAUGGCUAAUGAGGUCCAGGUUCUUCCUCUCCCUGACAGAGAGAGUUUAAUCCGGUUAGCUGUGCUUUCUCAUGAAUAAUCCCUCCACUUACCCACCUGUCUGUCCGUCCUUGAGCCCUGCAGCCGCUCUCUGGCAUGACUGUCUUCUGCUGAAUGCUACAGCAUGUUUAGCUGGGUGGUAAAAGUUGUUCCCCAGCCGCCAGCACCUCCGGGGAAACUGGGAGAUGAGGCAAAUCCGAGCGCAACAGACACAGAUGUAGGCAAAAAACAGCAAGUUAAAGAACCUGACCUAGCCAAGCCCACGGAGGAGGUCUCAGAGGAGAACAGCGCUCAGAGUGGAGUUUUAAGUUGGCUUUCUCAUGGGUUCAGCACUGCCCUCCCUCAGCCUGUAAACACCUCUAAACUGGUUAACACUGAAGCUAAGCAAGAGGACAAUGCAGCGAGCAGCAGUAACCCAUCAGAAGACACGACUGGGAUGAUCGGCUGGAUUGUGCAGGGACUGGGAAAAGUGGUUCCACAGCCAGAUGAAAAAUACAAGGGCCACACGGAGCCAGAGGUGAUUACUGAGACUGCAGCUGCUCCAGCAGUUAAAGUGGAUCCACCUGUGUAUGAGGUGAAAGACCUGCAUGAUGCUGAGCCCCUUCCUCAUAUUCCUGUGGUGGAAAUAGUGUCUGAUGAGGAGCCAGACACAGCAAACACAUCCUUUUCUCCCGGUGUGAUAGAAUGGAUCAAACAGGGUUUGGAGAAGGUAGUUCCUCAGUCUCCGGUUCACCUUCAGGCUCCCUCCAGUUCAGACGCUAAGGUCCUGAAGGCUGCUUCUGCUCCUGUGACACCCUGCAGACAAGCGCCGACACCUGCUCCUGUAUCCACGCCAGCACCUGCGCCUGCACCUGCAACUCUUGAACCACCCAAAGUAGUUGAAGACUCUAAAAGCGUGAGCAAAGAAAAGGAAAUCAAUAUGGUUGGCUGGAUUGUACAGGGAAUUGGACGCAUGAUGCCACAGCCGGUACUGCCACCAAAAGAGGAGAGCUCUGAUGUUGUUCAAAAUAUAUGUAUCCUUCAGGACACUUUUGAUAUGAUGCUGGAGGAGGUGGACUCAGACUGGGAGACUCAGCAGAAGGAGCAAAGUUCUGGACAGGACGUCCAGGCUGAGGAGCAGGCGCAUCAGGAGAGCACAGCCCUGCUGCAGGUGUUGCCCAACAUCGUACCACAGGUGCUGGCCAUGCAGCAGCAAGACGAUGCUGAGACCCAGACAGAGCGCUGGACGCCUCUUAUUGAGAGCAUCAGGAAAGAAGCAGAGGAGACUGCUAUUGCAAACUUAGAGGAGAGACUCCAGCAGGAACGUGUGGAGGCAGCUCGUAUGGCAGAGGAUCUGGCCCGACAUGCUGCAGAGUUGGCUGUCAGACAGCUGGAAGAAGAGCACACCAUACAGAUCAUCUCAGAGCCCAAAGAUGAAGAACAAGACAAUGAGGAUCAACUGCCAAAUAUCCAGGAGGAAGAGAUUGAAGAAGACCCAGAGUUACAGCCGUUCCAUGAAGAGAGUGAGGAGGAGAAUGUGGAUAGUAAGAUCACAGAGUGCAAUGUGGACGUCUGUCCGGCAGAGCCCUCACCACAUCAAUCUGAAGCUUCAGAUCAGAUGACCCAAAGUCCACCACCACCCAAACCAUUAAAGACAGAAACAGUGUCUCCACCUGUGACCACACAACCUGAGCGUGUCACAUCUUUACCACUUGACAGGGACAAGGAUCAGGAAACUCUUGAAGAUGGCUGUGGAGAAUCCACUCAUGUAAAUCCAGCGCUAAAAGUGGAGGACAUAGAGGAUGGAGAGAUGAUGGUUCCUGAAAUCAUUGUGGCCCCAGAGUCAGAGUCAAUGACCCUCACUGUUCCCCAACAAAAUCUGACUCCACGCAGCAAAGCUGUGGACUUAGAAAAGAUUCCCCAAUCUGUUGGUGAUGAUGAUGCAAGCCUGAAGGAGGAUGUGACCCAGACUGUUGCCCUCCGUGUGGAUGAAGAACUCGAGCGGCCCAUGUCUGCAGCCAGUCAAAAAAGUAUAGUGGUGAAUGAGCGUCUGCAGGAGCUGGUCAAGCUGUUUAAAGAGCGAGCGGACCGUGCGAAAGACAAACUGAUCGACCCGGAUGAGUCCGAUCACGAGAGCCCAUCAGCAUCUCCAGCCAAAAAGGCAGAUGAAGCCCCACCUCCACCACCUCCUGAGGAAAAGAAAGAUGAAGGUGCAGAAGAGGAGAAAGUAGAGGAGGCGCAAUUCUAUGAGUUUAUGGGUCACAAUUUUAAAGUUCCCCAGUUCAGAAUGCCUCAGAUUCCUGAUUGGCUCAGAGUCAUACUGGAGUACCGCUUCCCAUCCAGCAUUGACCAAUACACAGAUCUGAUCUAUGUCGUUUGGCUUUUCUUUGUGACGUUCGCUUGGAAUUGGAAUGUGUGGCUCAUCCCUGUGCGCUGGGCUUUCCCGUACCAGACACCUGACAACCUCCACUGGUGGCUUUUCAUGGAUUACUUCUGUGACACUAUUUACGUUCUGGACAUCCUGGUGUUUCAGCCCAGACUGCAGUUUGUGAGAGCAGGGGAUGUUGUGUGUGACAAAAAGGACAUGAGAGAGCACUACAUGCAAACUGAACGAUUUAAGAUGGAUGUGAUCAGUCUCUUUCCUCUGGAUUUCCUGUAUGUCUUCACAGGUGUCAAAUCAGUCCUGCGCUUUCCUCGCCUUCUUAAGUACCAUGCAUUCUUUGAGUUUAAUGAUCGUCUGGAAGCUGUGAUGAGCAAAGCUUAUAUUUAUAGGGUGAUCCGUACGAGCGCAUACCUGCUUUAUUCACUGCACUGUAAUGCCUGUAUUUUCUAUUGGGGGUCUGAUUAUGAAGGUUUGGGCUCCACCAAAUGGGUCUAUAAUGGCAAAGGAAACAGUUAUAUACGCUGUUAUUACUUCGCUGUGAAGACAUUGAUCACCAUUGGAGGUUUGCCUGAUCCCACAACCGUCUUUGAAAUCGUCUUCCAGCUUGUCAACUACUUUGUGGGAGUUUUUGCUUUCUCCAUCAUGAUUGGUCAGAUGCGAGAUGUUGUCGGAGCUGCCACAGCUGGUGAGGCGUACUACAGACACUGUGUGGACAGUACUGUAAAAUACAUGUCCUCCUACAAGAUCCCCCGGGAGGUCCAAAACCGUGUGAAGACCUGGUAUGACUACACCUGGAAGUCACAAGGCAUGCUGGAUGAGCAGGAGUUACUCAUGCAGCUGCCUGAUAAGAUGCGUCUAGACAUUGCUGCAGAUGUCAACUACUCCAUAGUCAGUAAAGUUGCACUGUUUCAGGGGUGUGACAGACAGAUGAUAUUUGACAUGCUAAAGAGACUGAAGUCUGUGGUUUAUCUUCCAGAAGACUUUGUCUGUAAAAAGGGUGAGAUUGGCAGAGAGAUGUACAUCAUCAAAGCUGGAGAGGUGCAGGUGGUAGGAGGGCCUGAUGGGAAGACUGUGUUUGUGACUUUAAGAGCUGGCUCUGUGUUUGGGGAAAUCAGUUUGCUUGCGGGUGGUGGUGGAAACAGACGAACAGCUAAUGUGAAAGCCCACGGUUUUGCUAACCUCUUCAUCCUGGAUAAGAAGGACCUUGCGGAGAUCUUAGUGCACUACCCCGAAUCUGAGAAGCUUCUGCGCAAGAAGGCCAAGAAAAUGCUGACCAAAGACAAGAAACCUGCAGAAGAAAAGGUUAAGGAUACGGGCGAGGUCAUCCCUCCACGGCCAGAGACCCCUAAACUCUUCAAAGCUGCCUUGGAGGUUGCCAGAGGACAGACAUUUACCAAGCUGAAGGAGACUUAUAAAGGGGCAUCUCUGGAGCCAUCCACUUCUGCUUAUGGUAGCACUGCCACAGGUCCAAUUCCUCCUCCCUCCCCUAUCCACCGGCGUUCACCGAUUCCUCGUUUUCAUGUGCCAGAUGAAGAUGACAUGGUAUCAGAGACCACAGACAGCACCGUGAUUAUCCGCAUGACUCCACGUGUUGAGGGAGAGGAGAUCCUCUCUGUGGAAGUCAGCCCAGCGGAGACAGUACAGCGGGGAGAGGAAGAGCCGGCCAAAACUGAAGAGAAGUGAGCGUAAGGAAGAGGGCGAGAAAUGGAGGGAAAUGGUAGCAAGCCUGAGGCCCAUUUAUGCAACCCUCAUGUUCUUAUUUUCUAUCUGCCCCAAGUUUUUCACCAUUUGGGCCACAUGUGAACCUUUGGGGAACAUUUUAGGCAUCCCUAAUGGAGCUUUUCCACUGCGUAGUAUUGAAUGGACAUUCUUUAUUUUGGUUCGGUUUGCUUUUUCACUGCAAGAAGGGGUGGGAUAAUAGACUUAUCGUUACAGUUGCGCCUCUUCUACCUACAUGACUUUACGGUAAACAUGACACAAAUAAAAGCACAACGUGGGAGCAAUAGAGCAUAUCGGGGGUUCCUAGAGGUUCUCCAAAGGUUCUGCCAAUGUGGCAUCUCGGAUACUGGAUUAUUGCUGUUUAAAUAAUAAACAGAGACUGUAGUCCCACUUCAAACACACCACUUAUUUGAGGCAUUGUUGCUAUGUCUAGAUGCUCAAACAAACAACAAUGUUGAAAGCUACACUGAGGAAGUGUUUAGUAUACUGUACAAAUAGUUUAUAGUUGUCUUUGCAUAUUAAAUGGGAUUGUAUAUUACAUUUAAACUGCUUCAUCAAUUGGUAUCCUAAGAUCAGAGUUAGCCUUUGAAACAUGUGCAAUGGAAAGUAACUCUGACUAUAUUCCACAACACAUGCUGAACAAACUCCAAGACUGCUGCGUCAGUGUCCUGUUUUUACUUUAGUGGAAUCCCUCUUUACACAAUCUUAUACACCCACAAGCACUUUUAUUUUGCAGUGCAACUGCAUACCGUACAAUGUCCAUGUGUCCUUGGUCAGGCACAUUUGUUUAUUAGUUGCACUUUAUUAUUGCUGGAGGCGCUUUGGUUUUGCAAUGAAGUGUUACACUUCUUUCUCACAUAAAGAGGAUUUUGAUGGAUUGUUAUAAAACAAGUAGUGUUAUAUGUUUUUCAUAAAUUCGCUUCGGAUAGUGGCACAAAUUUGUUCUGUGAAA